CAUUUCGGUAUGUUUUUUUCUCUGCAAGUAGACUAGUCUAAAUCUACUGCAAAGUAGAAACAACCAUGGCUGAUCGAGAAUGUAUAAAUGUAAAAGUGGGAAUCUUAACAGUCAGUGACUCCUGUUACUCAGGACUGGCGACUGACCAUAGUGGGGAAAAUCUCAAACAUCUUGUCGAGUCAGGAAAGUACUUUAGAGGAACAGUGGUGACUAAAGACAUUAUUCCUGAUGAAUAUGAUCAAAUUAAGGCCAAGCUGCUACAUUGGAGUGACCAUCUUAAACUUGAUCUUAUCCUGACCACAGGGGGCACAGGGUUCUCAUCAAGGGACGUUACUCCUGAAGCUACCAAAUCUGUGAUUGAAAAAGAGGCUUUAGGAAUGGCAAUUGCUAUGCUACAAGGAUCUUUGGAGAUUACCCCUUUGGCUAUGCUUACAAGGCUUAUUUGUGGCAUUCGUGGCAAGACCCUGAUCAUCAAUUUACCUGGCAGUAUGAAAGGAUCUUCUGAGUGUUUGCACAUUGCAUCAGUGGGGAUUCCCCACGCAGUAGACCUGCUGCGUGGCCACAAGUCCAGUGUGGAGAAAACCCACACAGCCUUGCAGGCGGAGGGCAUCAAAUCAUCCCACGGGACUCAUCACUCCCAACAUAAGCACUCAUCAAACCAUGAGCAUGCUCAUAAUAAAGAAAGGCAUGAUGGCAAUUCUCCGAGUCAUGAACGGCCCCACAGUAAAGAUGGCCACGAACAUCCCCAGACCAAAGAGAUGCAUGAAGCAGUGAGGUCUGGUCCAGGCUCUCCCCAACCUCACCCACCCUCCAACCCUGACAGAAACCACUCACACCACCACCACAAGCAUCCCUGCAGUCAUGUGAAUGCAGAUCAGGUGGCGCUCAGACCCAGAGAAUCUCCUUAUCCCAUGAUCUCUGUAGAGCAGGCUGUGGCUGUUGUGUUAGAGAACAGCCAGUCUCUCCCUGCUGAAUAUGUGGAUAUUAAAGAUGCAUUGGGACGUUACUUGGCCACUUCUGUACAUGCAGCAGAACCCCUACCACCAUUUCCUGCAUCUAUCAAAGAUGGAUAUGCUGUGUUAGCUGAAGAUGGUGUUGGUGUCCGUAUGGUGUUGGGUGAAUCCUCCGCUGGUGAUAUGCCUAGGAAAGCUGUGACCAGCGGAGUGUGUAUGAGGAUCAACACUGGCGCCCCAGUGCCCAGUGGAGCUGAUGCUGUCGUUCAGGUGGAGGACACGGAGCUGGUGGAGGCGUCCAUAGAUGGUAAAACAGAGAUACAGGUCAAGAUCUUGACCUUUCCAACUGUUGGUCAGGACAUUAGGCCCACUGGAUCUGAUAUUGAACAGGGUCAAGAGAUUCUUUGUGCGGGUCAGCGGCUGGGUCCAGCAGAGCUGGGUCUUCUAGCAACGGUUGGUGUCACCAGUGUCCAGUGUUAUGGGCUGCCAGUGGUUGGGGUGCUGUCCACUGGAAAUGAACUAAUUGAGCCCCAUGCUGCACUCACUGAAGGAAAGAUUCGAGACAGCAACAGAACCACCUUGUUGAACCAGCUGAGAGAGAACAGGAUCCCCACAGUGGACUUGGGCAUAGUUGUAGACUCACCAGAUGCCCUAGUCCAGAAGCUGACAGAAGCCCUGGAGACUGUGGACAUUAUUGUCACAACUGGGGGCGUGUCCAUGGGAGACAAGGAUUACCUCAAGCAGGUGCUCCAGGUGGACUUCAAGGCACAGCUCCAUUUCGCCAGGGUCCUUAUGAAACCUGGGAAACCAACCACAUUUGCCACAUUGGUACACAGAGGGAGGAAGAAGUUGUUCUUUGGUUUACCUGGCAACCCUGUCUCUGCCAUUGUCACUAGCAACCUGUACCUCAUACCUGCCAUAAGGAAGAUGUCUGGCUGCCCCAAUCCACAGAGGACUGUUAUCAAAGUCAAGGUGGACAGGGACCUGAUUCUCGACCCCCGACCUGAAUACCACAGGGCGUCCCUGACCUGGCCUGCGGGGGAUGUGACCCCCACGGCCCACACCACAGGCAACCAGAUCAGCUCCAGACUGCUCAGCAUGAGCACGGCCAGUGUGUUGAUGGUGCUGCCCGCCAGAACCAGCGCCCUCACCCACAUACAGAAAGGUGAUGUGGUCGACGCCAUCGUCAUAGCUGACUUGUGAGAACCUCAGUCAGUCACCUGGUUGCUAUGGAGUGAAUCAACCACCUGGUUGUUAUGGAGUAACCGGAAAGUGUUUAGUUGUUAAGAAAUAAACAGAAUGUGUUUAGUUGUCAUGAAAUAAACAGAAAAUGUAUCUCUUUCUUUAAUUAGAAAACUAAACCAAAUUAUUAGCUUUUUUUUUUAAUUUGUAUACUGUCUCAAGCAUUUGUUUUGUAAUAAAUUCAAUUCUUAUUUUUAAUGUAAUAAGCUAACCUCAGUUGUAUGAUAUUAAUAAUCUGAUUUUUUUCUUUUCUUUCUUCCACUAGAUAAAUAGCUUAAAUAAUAAUUCUCAACACAUUGCCACUCAGUUAAUUAAUCAAAAGUACAAGUUAUUGUUUCAAUAAAACAAAAAUCCAAGUUUUGCCACAAAGUACAGAUUUUUCAGUACAUAUUUCAAAUGAGAUCUUACUGACUACAGUACUUUUAAGCCCUGUAGUGUAAAGACCACUAAUUGCUUAAUUGCUUAUAUUUCAAGUGCCUUAAAAUGUUCUUCCAAUCAUCAGUGUGUGUAAGAGUGAAAAUAAAUUUAGAUGAGGUAGAGAAUGAAUAUAUCAGCUUAACUCUUCUGUGAUAUACAACUUAAACUGUUUAACGUACAUGCAUAGUCCUGAAAAUGUAUUAUACUAAAAAGAAAAUGCGUUCUGAUAUAUUUACUAAUUCCAAUUAAUUUUUAAGGUGUUAGAAACUCCAAGUUUUUCCUGACAUUAAGAAAUUACUUACCCUAUUUAUAGUAGAAAAUUAACUUCAGUUUUUUUUUUUCUCUAUAUGAAUACAGCCAGGGUUUUCAUUUGAAUGGGCAUUAAAGAAAAGUACACUAAUCAGCAUAAUAAUUAGCCAACACAUAUCUAAUUAAUUAAUAAAAAAAUUUCCUGGAUUUGUAAAUAGAUUAAAAUAUCUUUUUGAUUGGAUACCUUAAUUUUACUUAGUUACAAUGUAUGACAGGUGUGUUACACUAUGCUGGUGUGCUUUAGUUAUAAAAACCUGUUUAUUGUUCACUCUUGACUGUAUUUUUAGUGUUUCUUGGUAAAGUGAGGUCUGUACACUAUACACUCCAUAGUGAGUGAAAAAAAGAAUGUCUAUUUGUGUUGAUAGCCACUAGGAAAAGUUUUGGUUGUUGUCUAGCAAUGAGUGAGAGAGUGAAAUCUUGGUCUUAACAUGGUAUUACAUGAAUCCACCUAUAAUAUUUAUAAUUCUUUACAAAACAAUGGGUAAAAAAUUAUUAAUUUAUUUAAUGUUUCAAUAAAUCAGUAAAAUAUAUAAAUAUUUUUGCACCACUGCUACUAAUUAUUAAAGAUAACAACUAUCAAAUAUGAAAUAUGUUCAUUCAUUUAUUGUGUAGUUUAUUUUUUUGUUUUCCUUUGUAUGAUUUACCUAUUUAUGUUAAUUAGUUUUUUUUCUAAUGUGUGAGAACUUUACACCAAACAUUUUAUUUUUAUAAGUUUCCUAAAAUUCCUAUUAAAUAUUUAUUAAAAUUAUCUUUUUUUAAUUAUUUAUUUUUAUGUUUUAGUAUGU